AGUUUCCUUUCGUAAAAGAAGAGAGAAAAGUUGAAAGAAGGAAGAGCAGAAAAAAAACACAACAAAGUAAUGCACACAGUAAGUCUAUCCUUCAGGUCAAACUGGCUAAGUGUGUGUGUCUGUGUUCAACUGUGUACUUGUCUAUGUUUAAUUGUUAUGUAUGCAGUUCACUAUAUUUCAGGUUGUGGACCAGAUUUGUUGACCAGUAAUGAGUAGUUAAAAGUUAAUUAACUCGGAUUGUUGUGAGUGAAUGAAGGCAAGUCAGUGUGUGAAGAGAGUGAACCAACUAGAGUGGGAAAUCAACAGCAACAGCAACACCACACACAACACGAAGAAACAUCAACAAUGACUUCUUUUUUCCUUCGUUUUGUCUCUUUUAAUUGUUUCCAGUGUUUCCAGUAUUUUCAAUUAUUGUUACGAUGAUUGACUCUUCAUCGACAUCAUUAUUGUUCAUCUAAUAAACACCGAGCAUCCAACAGUGAACACCAACAGCUCCUAAAUCAAACCAGGGAAAGUACCAACAAGUGAUUGACAACCGAUUACUACCGACAACUGCUACUCCUUAUGAUUAAGUUUAACCUAGUAAAAUGUUUGUUAAUAAUAUUAUUAGUUAAUUAUAUUAUUAUGUUACCAGAUAAAUGAAAGUAUAAUCACCAACAAUCAUCAUUACAGUCUACAUAAUUACCGUUACCGUUCCUUUCACCCUCAUCAUCACCAUUACCAUCACCAUCAUCUUCAUCCAUUUUUUGUUGCUUCGUCUUCUUCCUAUUUCCAGUAUAGCCAUUGUUAAUCACCAAUCUAUCCGUUUUACCAACCUUUACAUCAACGACAAGGAUCAAGGCGAAGAUCACAAUUUAAAGUUAACGAUACCUUUUUUAAAUACCAACAAUUACAGCAUUAAGUUCAACAACAACAGCAACAAUAAUAUUAAUAUCUACUUAUACCAAAUCAAUACCAGUACCGAUACCAGUACCGAUACCGUAAAGAAACGCAAGGAAAACAGAAACAACGUAAUUUUUGAUUAUUAUAAUUAUCCUCACCAUCAUUGCCAGUUCCGUCAAUUUAAUUACAACUCUAAGAUCGUCCUAAAUCAACGAUUAAAUUAAAAAGAAAGGUUAAAGACCAACUCAACAUCAAUUGGAUCAAUUAAUGUUUGUGUCUGACCAGGAUUACCAUAGAUAUGGAUACAUCAAUUCUAUCUAAUUGCAUAUCUAUUUGGGUAUCGUUAAUAUGGCUCAAGUCCAUUCAAGUUUCAGCUAAAGAAACAAUAUCUCAAAAAUUAACCGCAAUCAACACAGAUUAUGAGGCCUGUUAUAAUUUUUCAGUCGGUGAUAAAACAAAAGGUGAAUUUUACUCUCCAAAUUAUCCCAACAACUAUCCAAAUCAAACUGAUUGUAUACUCAAAAUAGAAGCUCCUUACGGACAAUAUAUUAAAAUUGAAUUUCGUGAUCGCUUUGCCAUGGAAGCUUCACCCAAUUGUGAAUAUGAUAGACUUGAAAUACGAAACGGAAAAUAUGGCUAUUCAGAUAUACUUUCAGUUCUGUGUGGACACAAUUUUCCUCAUGAGAUUCAAUCAACUCAUAAUUAUCUCUGGUUAAGGUUUAAAUCAGAUGAAAGUAUUGAAUAUGAAGGUUUUAGAGGAGUUUAUACCUUCUUAAAUCAAGCAACUACUAUCCCUCCUCCACCAGCUUGUCAACAUAAUUUAACUGGUGAAAGCGGUCGUAUAAAUGGUACAAGAAUUUCCGAUGAAGUCAUCAAAUAUUCUGAGGAAUACCAAGUACCGUUGGAAUGUAUUUGGAGCAUCACCGUUAGUCCAGAGAAAAAGAUGUACUUAAAUUUCACCGAUUAUAAGCUGGAGAAACCAAAUGAUUGUCAUUUAAAUUACAUCGAUAUCUAUGGUAACUCUCUUCUGGAGACAAGCAGGAAAGAAAGAUUCUGUGGAACUGCGACAGAACCUCAUAAAUCCGAAACAAAUAAAGUACACAUUCGACUUCAUGCCAAACCUGGCGCCUUGAAAUUUGCCUUCACCAUACUCUUCACAGCCUUUAGAGAACCUAAAAAUCCAGCUAAAUGUGAUCCAAAAACCGAAUUCGAUUGUGAUGAUGGGACUUGUAUACACAUAAGCUUAAAAUGUGACGGUCAUCCGAAUUGCAUAUAUCGAUAUGAUGAGGAUAAAUCAGACUGCGAAAAAGACUCAAAAAGUUUGACAUCAUUUGAUUCAAAUCAUAUGAUCAUCAUCUUAAUAUUGUUUUUCGCCCUUGUUAUCGGUAUGUGUGCCUCAAUUGUUGUUUCAUGUUGGGGCAAGAUUCAAGAACGCCGUCAACGCGAGUUGGAAUACAAACUGAGAAGAUCUCGUGAACCUUCAGUUGAACGUGAUCUGGACCGAACCAUCACCAUGACUCGAAUGGAACCGGUUCUUGACUAUCCACCACCACGAGGCUCAGAUGGAAGUGGAGGUGGAGGAGGUGGUGGUGGUGGAGGAGGUAGUCUAAUUGGAAGUGGAGACAGAGGAGGGUCAACGGGUAUGCUUAUUCGUUCAAAUUACACUAAAUCAAGUGCUAACCUUAUGGAUGCAAGUAACCCUGAAGAAGAUGAACAUGGAUGUUAUGUACCUGAUGUUGGUGGUUAUUAUCGAAAAACAGGUGGUGGUGAUCAUCAUCCUGGAUCAUUAAUUGAUGAUUUAGGGAGUGGAGGUGAAGAUGGUUUACACGGGGGUUUAGAGAAAUAUCCACCCGAAAAUGUUAUCCGUUAUCCUGUGUUAUCCAACGAUUGUCCCUAUUAUCAUCAAGAUUCAGACACGGGUCUUAGAAGUGGCAGUGAGUCGCCCAUUCCACCGCCCCCUCCGCCUCCAGCUUUAUCUCACCUUCGAUCACGAAAUACUCGGUCAACGACAACCCUUCCCUUGGAUGCAAGUAAAUUAGAUACACCUUCUCCGCCACCUCCGCCACCUCCUCAUGGUCUUGGUGUAUCAUCUUCCAUUGUAUCCUUGGACAAUCAUCAUCACCAUCAUCAUCUUGCUCACCAUUCACAUCCUCCUCCACCUUCACACCCCACUCAACAUCAUCCUGAUUGCGCUCAGCAUCCCGGUUUUCCGAGUCAUCAUCAUGAUUCUCUUUCUCUUUCAUCUUCACAUCAUCGAGCUCCAAAUCCUGGAGAUUACAGAUCCGCCUCUGUGGGUCCUCCACACCAUCAUCACCAUGCCAACCUUGAUGGCGGUGGUGGUGGAUCUCACGGUGAGGAUACGGAAGAUGAAUCUGAUGAUAAAGUGCCUUCAUCUUCAAGUCGUCAUGGCCGAUUUAGGGCGGAAGCUGUUAUUGAAAUGAGCUCAUCAAGUGAUCACACUGCCAAUCGACCUAGAAGUUUUAUUGAAACUCGAUCAGCUCCUGAUGUUAUUGUGUUACGCUGACAACCGGUUUUACCUAAAUACAUAAAUAAUUUAAAUACCGAUCAAAAUGAUCAGAAAUAUUGAAGAAAAAACUUUUAAACCGAUUGAUUAUGAUUUUUGAUGAUGAGGAUCAGGAUGAUAAAGAAAUUUUCAACUCUUGUUUUUUCACCUUCAAAUUUCACUCUUUUCCUUACUACGCUGAGGAUUGGUUAUCUUCACAUCUCUUGGUCAUUUAUUAUUAUUGAUUAAUAAUUGAAAUUGUAAUUGUUAUUAUUCUUCGACAAUUCCGCUUCUUCCAUUGGGAUAACAUUAUUAUACAUGUGAAUUCAAUCAAAUUUCAGAGGAAGAAACUUAAACAAGAACAUUUUUACUCUAAACCAGAAAAGGGAAAACAUUUUUUUUGUUAACUUCGUCAACAACAAAUUUAACAAAUCAUCAACAGGAGCCACCAGAAAACCAACAAAUAACCCAAAGACUGGAUUGCUGAUUCAACAUCUUCUCAUUUCAAGUGUAAUAUUGAAAGUUGUUUUUAUUUCUCGACUGGUCAGAAACAAAAAAUAGUGAAAGAAGUAAAAAAAGCAAGAAAUAAUCGGAUGGACAAUUUAUUAUAUAACUCAUUAUACAACACAAAAGGCUGAAUAACUUGCGUUUUUUGGAACGAAAAUUGUGUUUGCAACAUUUGCAACUUCCUGCCUCUUUCUCAAUUUUGGUCUAUCUUUCCUCUUUUAAUAAACACCUUUCUUUCAUCCCUUUCCUUUCCAAUUUCCCUUUCAACCUUAUCCUUAUUAGGUUCCUCUUUCUUACCAAAAAUAAACUGCCCAGUUACAAGGAGAAUCGGAAAUUGGAUGGAUAUAUUUAUAUCCAUACAUAUGUGGUUAAACAUACUCAUCUCAUUCCCUCAAUCUCUCUCUCACUCUAUCUUCUUAUCCUUUUUUUUCAUCUCUUUAUCAUCAGAAUCAUUCUCUGAAUAGCAAAGUUUAUAUAUAUAUAUAUUAAUAAUUAUAUGAUUCAUUUGUGGUUUAGUUUAUUGAGAAGCAUGUAAGAAUCAUGUACAGUUGUCUGGACACUUUGAUCAGUGUUGAUUGUUGAUUUUAUUGAUUGACGAUAUACUUCUUUCUCUUUUUGCUAUUAUUAUUUAAUAUUAUAUAUUAUAGCUACUAGAUGAUAACUAAUAGAUAUUCUCUUCUCCAUUGCUUUUCAUCCUCUUUUUUAUCUUCCUCUUCUUGUUUUUGAGUUACUCUUCACCAUUACCAGCAUCACAUCAUGAUCAUCAUCACCAUCAACAUAAACGACAACAAGAACACGAUAACAAUAAUAACUACACAUCAAGAUUAGCUUUGUAUUACACACAAAUAGGGAGGACAAGCAAAAAAACCCUCCAAGUCACAGGGAAAAAACUAAAGAAAAACAAAUGGGAAAAGAAGAAGAAGAAGGAAAAGAAAUUCAGAAUGAAAUAGCUAUUUGGUCAGACGAGAUUUUUGCGAUUGCAUUUGGAUUGUAUGGAACCAACAACAAUACCAGAUAAAGAAAGAGGGAGAAAAAUGAGGCUAAAGAUGGUAAAAAGGAUGAAAAACGAAGACAAGAAAUAACUUAGGAUCGAAAGAGCAAUACAAGAAGGGGAAAAGGGAUGCAAGCAAGAACUUUUAUCAAUGGAUUUUGCUGUUACUGUUGAUGUUUUAUAUUUAUAUAUAUAUAUAUAUGGUUACAUCCCAAUGCUCAUUGGAAUCUUUUUUAUUCUCCUUAGUCUCCAUCUUCUCUGGUUCUUUUGUAUCUAAAACGCAGGGAAAGAUCAAAAAAUUGCAGUUAGAUUCAAAGACUUAUUGAUCUGAGUUAUAUCGUUGACAGAACUUUUCUUUCUCUUCUUCUCUUUGCUCCACUUUUUUUUUCUUUAUCUUCUUUACAUUUCAUUCUUUCUUAUUUCUCUCUGCCUUCCUCAUCCUUUCCAUGCAUCUUUGCAUCCGUUAUCUUUCCCAACUGCAAUUGAUACUGUAAUAUUAUUUCAACUAGCAAACAGUGUAAACAAAGCAAUCAUUAAGCAGCAAAAAAAAGUAGUGAGAUUCAAGAUGAAUAUAAGAAUAAGGAUGGAAAAUAAAGGUGAUAAGAAGACGAUGAUGAUCAUGGUGAUCAUGGUGAUCAUGGGGAAAGUGGUGUGAAAAGGAUAGAGAGAUUGGUUAAUGUUUCCUCAGGAAAAUGAAAAGGGCAACAAGUCUUGAGGGACAUUUUCAGCGAAAGAUAAUUCCUUCUUGUACAGUAAAACUCGAUCAAUUUCUUAGCUUUUGCCUCUUCACCUUUACAUUGCCUCUCUCUCUCCAUGUUAUCCUGACACACAAAAUAAUAAAUGUAUAAAUAAAUAAAUAUAUAUAUAUAUAAACAUGAAGCAAGAAUAAAAUACAAAAUGAAAAGAAAAUCUGAAAGAUGAAAAAGUUAGAUGAAGCGAGACGCAUAAGACAUGUUAAUGCCUUUACAUUUCAACGAUUUAAUAGCGCUCAAAAUGUCGAGGAGAUGAAAAGGAACCAUUUGUUAAUAACUUCUUUUCCUCUCCACUUCGAUCAACUUUUUUAUCAUUUAAUUUCACCUUUUUGUUGUUACCCAGCAGCUGAUUAUAGUCAACAUGAAUUAUAUUAGUGAUUGAUUUGCGGAUAUUAUUGAAAUGUGUAAAAACCAACAACAGUAACCUCUUUUCCUUAUGUGCUAACAUGCUUUGAAUCUCUUUUUCUUUGAUUCCUAUCAUCAUUCUCAAGCAUCUCUCAAACUGUCUCUCCUUAUACCU